UUGGUACAACGUACCGAUUUAUCUAUUAAUCUAAAUAACUGCGAUUAAACUGCAACAUCUGCGUAUUGCAACGGGGUCUCAAACCCCACUACAGCCGUGCCCGAGAUGCCACGGUCCUACGUGGUCGGGGAAAUGUGUUAAUUUCCCCCCGAUAUUCCCAAGCAUAGCUCCUCUCUGAUCCAAGACUAUUCCCAACAUUUACUCAUAUUUUGCCUGCAAGGAUAGCCCUUAUUAGAACGCUUCCCAAUUGUUUUGCACUUUCCAAGCAAACGACAACCACUUGUUCGUCCUACUAAGUAUUUUCUGGGCUACAUAAUGGUUCGGAUGGUGGGAUACCGUGGGUUGUUUUGAAUGUCAAAGUUGACAUGGAUGAUGAAGACGGAAGGUGCCUGCUAGAUGUAAUUUGUGACCCAGAAGCUCUCAAUGACUUUCUUCAUGGAUCAGAGACCCAUUUGGACACUGACGACCUUUUGGAUGGUUCGGGUGACCCCUCCAGCUCGUUCUUCUCCUCCGCUGGGGGCCAUAUUCCGGAGGUCCAGCCCGUCAUCCAGCUGUCGGUCAGUGAGCCGGCCGGACUUCCCCGGGUCAGCGUGGACCUGGACUUCCUGGAGGAUGACGACAUCCUCGGAGGCUCGCCGGGGGGCGACGGCGGCGGCAGCAAUGGCAUGGGGGGCAACCACGAGCCCUGCGACAUCCUGCAGCAGAGCCUCGCCGAGGCCAACAUCACGGAGCAGAGCCUGCAGGAGGCGGAGGCCGAGCUGGACCUGGGCUCCUUCGGGAUCCCGGGCCUCACGCAGGUAGUCCAGACACUCCCCGACGGCGGCCUGUCCGGCGCCGCCGCCGUCGGCGUGGGCAUAGGCGCCCCUCCGAAUGCGGCGGCGGCGGCGGACAUGCUGGGCUCGGUGCUGGCCCACCAGGGGCUGCACCUCCAGCCCCAGGUCAUGAACAAAGCCAUUAGCGUCCAGCCCUUCAUGCAGCCCGUGGGCCUGGGCAACGUCACCCUUCAGCCCAUCUCAAGCCUCCAGGGGCUCCCCAACGGGAGCCAGUCGGGUCAUUUGGGGCUCGGACAGAUUCAGGUUGUGGGCCAGCCCACCGUCAUGACUAUCAAUCAGGCCGGGCAGCCCGUCCUGGCCAAGGCCAUGGGCAGCUACCAGCUGCACCAGCCUGGGCCGGAGGUGUCGGGAGCGGGGCCGCAGGCAGGGCUCGGCGGCCCGGUUCUGAGCUCCGGCGGCGGACUUCUUAUCCAAGGCGGCAAGGCCGCCCUCGGGUCCCCGGCGCUCAACGGGCCGGCGGUGUGCGCCGGCAACACCAGUAGCAGCAACAGCGGCGCCAUGACGGCUCCCGCCGGGCUGAUGGGCUACGCCGGCGCCGGGAUGGAAACACAGACUCAAGGCCAGAUCAUGCAGAACGUGAUCAUCCAGCGCACGCCCACGCCCAUCCAGCCUAAACCGCCGCAGGGCGGCGCCUUCCAGCCCAAGGGCUUCAAACCGCAGCCCCAGGCGGCGCCGCACACCCUGCAGGGCGACCCCGCCAAGGCCCUGGGGCUGCAGCAGCUCCCCGUGUCGGGGGCCCAGAACGUCACCUUCCUGACGGGCAAGCCGGGCUCCAACAUGGUGCUGAGCGCGCAGGGGCCCUCGCAGGGCCAGCAGUUCCAGCAGGUGUUCAAGCAGCAGCCGGGCCAGCCGUCGGGCAAGCCCCUCAGCGUGCACCUGCUGAACCAGCAGGGCAGCAUCGUCAUCCCCUCCCAGUCCAUGCUCCAGGGCCAGAACCACCAGCUGCUCCAGCUGCAGGCCGGGGGCCAGAUCUUCACCCAGCACCCCGGGGGCCACAUCAUAACGAGCCAGGGGCCGGGGGGCCACCUCAUCACCAACCAGAUCCUGGCGGCCAACCAGAACAUUAACCUGAGCCAGGUGUUCUCGGGGCCCAUCCAGCUGCAGUCGGGGCAGAUGGGCCAGCCCACGCUCUUUCAGAUGCCCGUCUCCCUGGCCCAGAGCGCCGGCCACACCCAGAGCCACCCCGUCGCGGCCCACAACCAGACGGUCAUCCAGGGCAUGCCCCUCCAGAACUCCCUGACCAUGCUGGGCCAGGUGGAGGGGCUGAGCCCGGCGGUCAGCCUCCAGCCGGCCCUCCAGCCCCCGGCGGGCGGGGUCCCUUGCGGCGCGGGGGGCCUGGCCCUGGCGGGGGACUGCAUCACGGCGCUGGGGGGCGCCACGGAGCAGGUGGGCCACCCGCAGCAGCAGCCCGUCCCCCAGCAGUCGUCCGUCCUCACCAUGCAGUCGGCCGUCUCCAUCCCCUGCUCCUCUCCGUCCAUGUCGGUGACCACGGCGACGGUGCCCGCGGUGGGCCUGGCGGCGGCGGCCCAGCACAGCCCCGGGCGCGUCCUGUACACCAACCAGGGCGCCAGCAUGAUCCUGAGCCAGGAGUCGCUGCAGAUGCUCCUCCAGCAGGAGCAGCAGCAGCACCAGUCAGAGAAUGGCUCCGCCCCCUCAGUGGGCGUGCCGGCGUCUGUAAUCGUCAGCAGCAACAGCCACCCUGGCCCGGCCCACUCAGUCCAUGACAGCCAAUUAGCUGAGUCUGAGGUGGCCCACAGUCCUGGCCCCUCCCCUGGCCCCUCCCGCAUGGUGGUAAAGCAGGUUCCCUCCAGCGGACAUCAGCAGCCCCUGAAGCUCCAGAGCAUGUCCCCCUCGCCGGUGCUCACCGCCCACGUGCCGGCGGCGCCCCGGGCCGACAGCCCCCAGCCCUCGCCGUCCCCCCUAGCCCUCGGCCAGCACGUCCACUCCCCGCACCACCAACAGCAGCAGCAGUCUCGCCCCCCGUCCCAACCCCAGCCCCAGUCCCAGACGCCCUCACGCUCCUGCACGCCCUCCUCCCACCAGCCCCUCUACAUUGUCCACAACCAGAUCCCGGGGUCCCCGCAGCAGCAGCAGCAGCAGCAGCAGCAGCAACAGCAGCAGCAGCAGCAGCAGCAGCAGCAGCAGCAGCUGCAGCAGCAGCAGCUGCAGCAGCAGCAGCAACAGCAACAACAACAACAACAACAACAACAGCUACAGCUACAGCUGCAACAACUACAGGCCCAACAGCCUCAACCGCAGCAGACUCAUAUUCAAAUCCAGCUGCAGGCUCCGCCCCGGCCUCCGUCCCAGCCCUCCCCCUUCCAACAGGAGAGGCCCCCGCUCUCCCACUCCCCCAAGGCCCCCACGGCGCCCCCCGCCCUCCAGCACCAGUUUGUGAGCUCGGUGAUGAGCGGACCCACGCCCAUGGUGCUCACGGCCCCGCUGAGCGCGGAACAGCAGCACCACCUGCAGCUGGUGGCGGCCCAGAUCCAGACGCUGUCCACCAUCUCCCAGCCCUCCCCGCAGCAGAAGCAGCUGCUGGACAAGUUGCACCAGGUCCAGCAGAGUAUCCUGAUCCAGGCCAAGCAGUCCGCCUCCCUCCAGCCCGCCCCUCAGUCCCAAAGCCUGGCCCCAGCUCAUUUCAUCUCCCAGCAGGACCCGUCCGCUGAGACGGUGAUGCUGUCGUCAUCGGGCCCUGUGGGCCCCCCUGCCCCACCGGGGGCCCCCGUGCUGCAGCAGAAAUCUGUGCUCGUCAAAACUCCAGCACUCCCAGGCCCGGUUGGAGCGGGACUCCCACCAUCCAUGGCCCAAGCCGGCCUCACCCCGCCGCCUGCACAGGUCCAGACCACGCCCGGGGUGAUCAGCGCCGUGGGAGGCGCGGGGGUCACCUUGGGGGGGAUGAAGCUCCAGAUGCUGGCCCAAAUGCCUAGCCUCCAGUCCCCUACCCCCGUCCACACACAGAUCCCUACAGUGAAGAUGCCUUUCAGUGCGGAGCCCAGUAAAGAGGCCAGGAUGCUGGAGCAGCUGAGGAAGCAGCAGGGUUCGGUGCUCCACCCCAACUACAGCGUGCCCUUCAACUCCUUCGACGACACGCUGCAGCGACUGCUGCCCUACCACCUCUACCAGGGCACGGCCAACUCCAGCCAGGACUACAAGAGAGUGGACGAUGAGUUUGAGAGCGUGUCCUGUCAGCUACUGAAGCGAACGCAGGCUAUGCUGGACAAAUACCGCCACCUGCUCUUCGCUGAGUCCAAGCAGAGGAUGGGCCCGUCGGCGGAGAUGGUGAUGAUCGACCGGAUGUUCAUCCAGGAGGAGAAGUUCACUCUGGGCCAGGACCGGGUGCUGGCCAAGGAGAGACCAGAGGAGUUUGUGGCGAACGCCCGCAUGUUGGAGAGCGCGGCGGCUACGUCGCGGCUACACCCCUCCCCAGCGGGACCCAGCCCGGCCAGGGGUCUCGCGUCAGAGACCACGCCCCCUGCACCGCCUCCUGUGGCCCCGCCCCCUGCCGCCCACCCCCCCGUGGUUCCCAAAGCCGUUCCUCUGCCCGCUCCGGCUGCGCCCGCAGCCCCCACGCACGCCCCGCCCGCCUCCCACUCUCCCUUCCCCUCCACCAAGCUGGUGAUCAAGCAGGGCGGGGGGUCGGCGUCCGUGUCCUGGGCCAGCAGCAGUGCCCCCCCUCCGCCUCCGCCACCGCCGGCCCCCCCGACCGCUGCCGCCGCCGCCGCCCCAGCGGCACCGAGGCCAGUGGCACCGCCGGCCAAUCAGAGCUCUUCGUUCGGCCGGGCCCCGCCCUCGUCGUCCUUCCGGUCGCGGCCGGCGGAGGACGAGGACGCGCUGCCCCAGAGGACCAGCAAGCCGCCCAUCAAGACGUACGAGGCGCGCAGCCGCAUCGGCCUCAAGCUCAAGAUCAAGCAGGACCAGACGGGCUUCCGCAAGGUGGUCCACAACACGGCGCUGGACCCGGUCCACACGCCCCCCCAGCAGAGGACCCAGCCCCAGGCCCCGCCCCGGACUGUCCCCCCGCCCCCGCCCCACCCCACGCCCCAGCCGCAGCCCGGCCCCCAGCCCCCGCCCCCGCCCAACCCCCAUAUAAAGAGUGCCACGCCUCCCCCCAAGCCCCGCCCAGAACCCGCCGUCCCCCCCGCCGUCCCCCCCACCGUCAUCAGGACUCAGUCCCAAGCGUGCCCCGCUCCCUCGGCGCCGUCGGUCGCCACGGUGACCACCGCCCAGUCCAACCCGCCCCCGAGGGCCUCGGCCCCCUCUAGCACAGCGACUCCCCCCCCUCCUCCUCCUCCUCCUCCACCACCGCCUUCGUCCUCUUCCUCUUCCUCCUCCUCGUCCCACACCCGGUUGCCGUGCCCGCCCCCUCCCUCCUCCUCCUCCUCCUCCUCCUCUUCCUCUUCCUCCACCACGCAGAUGAACGGAACGCUGGAGCACCACGAGGUGGGCGGCGUCAAGCGCAACCCCACGCCCACGGCCCCGGCCCCCCAGGCCCCGGCCCCGGCCCCGGCCCCCCAGGCCACCACCUGCCGCCUGCCGCUGCGGAAGACGUACCGGGAGAACGUGAGCCCCCGGGUGCGGCCGGGCGUGCCGGGGGGCGGGGACGACAGCCUGCCCUACCCCCGCCCCGAGCUCUCGCCGCCCCCGCUCCGACCGGAGCCCUCCCCCUUGCCCCGACCCCCGGCCCCCCCGCCGCCGCCGCCGCCGCCGCCGGUGGUGGUGGCGGCGGCGCCGGAGCGCACGGUCAUCGCCAGCGUCAAGGUGGAGAAGAGGAGCCGGGAGGAGGGGAAGCUGGAGAAGAGGAGCAGGGAGGAGGGGAAGAGGAGCAGGGAGGAGGGGCCCCCCGGCCGUCUGGAGCAGGUGGAGGAGGCGUUCGGCCGCAGCGUCAAGACGACGCAACAGCAGCCAACCCACCCCCACCUGCCCCAGCUGCCCGUCCGGGGCGGCGGGGAGGAGCAGCAGCGGCAGCCGGUGGCGGAGGCGGGGCCCACGCCGGACCACCCGGGCGCCAUCACUCAUUACAAGCGGGCGAGCGGCAAGAGCCAGCGGCCACGGCCGGGCGCCGUGUACCGCGUGGACCAGCACGCCCCGGGCCCGCCCUCCCCGGACGCCUCCCCCGCGCGGGACCCCUCCUCCUCCUCGCUGCCGGCCAAGCGCUGCAAGUCGGACUCCCCCGACAUGGACAACGCCAGCUUCUCCAGCGGCAGCCCCCCCGACGACACGCUCACGGAGCACCUGCAGUGCGCCAUCGACAGCAUCCUCAACCUGCAGCAGGGGCCCUCCGCCCGCCACCUCAAGGGGGGCGGGAGGCCCCGGCAGCACCCCAACCCGCUCCCCGGGGCCCCCUCCCACAGAGCCCCGGCCCAGCCCCCUUCCUCCUCCUCGUCCUCCUCCUCCUCCUCCUCGUCAGCCUCCACGCCCGCCUUGGUGGCCCCUCGGCCGCCCAUGCCCAUCCCGGGACGGGGCCACAACGGGAGCCUGGUCCCCCAGAACCACAGCAGAUAACAGUGUCCCCCCCCCCUCCUCCUCCUCCUUCUUCCCCCAAGGGCCGCGGGCCCCUGGAAGGACUUACAUGGGGGGGGGGGCCGACGGAGAGCGAGAUGCGUCGAGAGAGAGAGACAUAGACUCUGAGGGCGGACGGGGGCCUGGGCGCGGCCUCACUGUUACUUCACUGUUUUCUGCCCAGCUGUGUUGACUUUGUCAGUCCAUUUGAAUCGCACCAGAAAUGUCUUUUGUUUACCGGCUGGCACGCACGCCUGACAACGACAGGAGGUCCGGAUUGGGAAGAGGACGGUCACGCAGCCAAUCGGCCGCGUCGGAUUCACGACCGUGUCCGUCGGGUCCGGGUGUAUGCGUGUGUCCAUCCGAAACGAUGGUCGAAUUACAACGCGGAAUCGUCGCUGAUGUCGUCCAUUACUUCGUUUCAUUUUUUUUCAGCCUCCCAUUUGUGCUCUUUUUCACAAGCCCCUCAUUCAAACAUUCCCCUCACACUGUGGCCUGCACACAACUGCACAAACACACGGAUCGACAACGCAAAUAAACACAACACAUGAUCAAUUGUCUCUGGGUUUCCUUAUCAGUGCCUGUCAGGACCCCAAAACACCACAGGGGUCUCCCUACAUCUCUCCUUCAAUGCCUAGAGCAACACGAUGCCUAAUGCAUAACCUUCUGUCUGUCUGUACACAAACACUGCCCAACCAAGACAACACAGCUGUUCUCGGUGUCCUUUUGUUCCACUGUGGCUGAAAUGGAUGUCCCAUCUACAUAAAAUACACUUCUUGUGGUUUGCAUUCAAUUCCUGUUCAAUCUACUUUAUGUUUUUGCAGUCAUGCACCCGAUGGAAGGGAAGACAUCCCGUUACUAUGAAUUCUCCUUUCACACUCGUACUACUCUCGUCUGUGUUUACCCCACUCUUUUUGGUUUUCCCCGCUCUUUGGUCGGUUUCCCAAAAAUCGAUUGAUCCUUUGUUUAGUUUGGUACCACAUCUGCGCUUCACUCUGGUCAUUACUUUAGGUCGGUCUCUUUCAUUCGAGGCCGCUUGUCUCACGGUUUACAUUGUAGUCGGCCUUGGGAGUUGUAGUUCUGUAACAAGGAGAUGUAAAUGAACAUGUAACAAGGAGAUUUGAAUUAUGUUUAGAGAAAAAAAGGAACCCUGGUUCAUGUUUUAGACCCACCGCCACCAAGCCUAACCCAACCCUGACCGCCUUCUGCGUCAAAAUGCCCUGACUUGUUCUACGUUUUGGUCAGUAGGGGGCAGGCCUGUCUUCCUAUAUCCCCUCCCACCCCCCUCUGUUGUGUUUUAAGGACUGAUCCCCAUGGUUACGUUCUGUCACUGUCUGCCUCCUCCAUGGCACUGUUAUCAUUUAGUUUCCCUUCUCAUCCUGGUGAGCAGUGACUCACAACACACCACACCGCAGAUGCGUUGACAUGAAGACAAAAAAGGAAACAAUAAUGUACAAAAUAAGACCGUAAGAGAAUUUGAAGUAUAGUAUUACAGAUUAAUUUUGUAUUGUAUUUAUUGUGUAUAAUGACACUUUUUAAAAAGAAAUGUACAUUUAGUAAACUUGUAAAUUAAACCCUUGCUUCUUUUAUGAA